CGAUGAUACAAAAAGAAAAAACAGGCUUUGUAUUAGUUGCUGACGUUACCUUGUGCGUGCUGUUGAGCAAUUAUGAACGAUUCGGAAGGAGAAACGCGAGCGGUGUGACACAUUGGCGAGAUCAUGGCUGAGUGGAGAGAUCGGCGACUGUGGCACGGUGACUAGCGGGCACUGGUUUAUUUUCCUGUCCUCUCCAUCCCAUCUUAUUCAGUUUGAACGAGAAGAAGCAAAGAUGAAGAUGCUGAAGACGAUCCACUACGUCGAGCUAGGCAGUUACCCGUCAUGGCCUGUGCUCUUACCACAGAAGAUAAGACUGUACACCUUUGAGCAACUCCCCAUGUACCUCAGAGAGAACCCCUACAUCACGGACGGCUACAGGGCCCACCUGCCUUCCAAACUCUGCCUGAGGAGUAUUUUCAUUCUGUCCAAUGAGACUGUGAACAUUUGGAGCCACCUGCUGGGCUUCCUUCUCUUCUUCUCUCUGUCGGUCAACGACGUCGUGAGGGUGCUGCCAGCUUCUGGAGCCAGCAGAGAGGACUACAUCAUCUACGCCAUAGGACUGUUUUGCUUCCAGGUGUGCAUGUUGUGUUCCGUCGGCUAUCAUCUGUUCUUGUGCCAUCGAUCGGAGAAGACGAGUCGUCGCUGGCUGGCGUUGGACUACGCGGGCAUUUCUGUCGGCAUCUUGGGCUGUUACGUGCCUGGCAUCUAUUAUUCCUUCUAUUGCAAUGCUUUUUGGCGGCAGGUCUACUCGCUGACGGUGCUGUGCAUGAUCCUGUUAGUCUGUGGUGCCCAGUUCCACCCACGGUACAUGACCGCUGAGUGGCGGUGCAUAAGGGUGUCCAUCUUCUUCGGCAUAGCCGUUAUCGGUGUGGUUCCGACGUGCCACUGGGUGUUGCUCAAUGGGGGGCUCACCUGUGACAUCGUUAAGAUGUUCCUGCCUCGCCUGAUUGUCAUGUACCUAAUCGGUGCAGCUGCCUUUGUGUUCUACAUUACCAAGAUGCCUGAACGCUGCUUCCCCGGCCACGUGAACUAUGUUGGUGCCAGUCAUCAGGUGUGGCACGUUUUGGUGGUUGCAAUGCUUUACUGGUGGCAUCAGACCGCAGUCGACAUCAUGCAGUUCCGGCUCAGCCAGCCUUGCCCCUAAAAGACACAAUGACAAUGAUCAAAUAACAUAAUAAUGUACUUGGGUAUCGUCGAACAACCAAUUGCUUUUCGUUAAUGUUAAAAACGUUUACAUUUGGUCAAUACAAACAAGCACGUCCACCAGAGCCAAUAUGUGUCAGUAGCAAGUCGAUUAAGAGGACUGCAAUUGGCAGUACAGUGGAACCUCAAUUUAACUGACUCCGAUUUAAUGGUUAUCGGCUGGAAUGGACAGAAAAUAGUGUCCAGAAAUAGUGUCCAGUUCACUCAAAUCUCCGUUUCUAGUUCCAGAAUCGGCCACUGUUGUUUACUGGAGUUGUGGAACAGUCAAUAGGCAGAGACUGGGCCACAUAUUUCUGGCUUGUGCCGCUAUUGUAACAGAUAUACCGUAUGAAUACUAGAUCCGGCUAACAGAUGUGCCUACGUGGCAGCCAAGUUGGAUGUGGCAACAUUUUAUCAAGAGCAAUGCAAGGAAAUUAGCCUAGCGUCAACCUAGGUAUGCAGCUCACGUAUUUACCUAUUCACAUCUAUGGCUGUUGUUUACGAGAGCGAGCGCUCGUCCCCCGUCCUAUUAGUCGGUUAAAUCGAGGUUCCCCCCAAAAAAAGGAGCCUUUUAUUGAACAAAGAAGCACUGUCAACGACACGGUGCACGUCGCUGCCUAAAGUGUUCAAAAAUAUUUGGUGUAGGUGGGUGGGUAUUAGCAUGUUAUUUAUUUAGCAUGACACAAUUUGUGUUUAGAAGCAGGAAACAUGAUAGUGUGAUGGAUGUACCAGAUGCCAACAGUCAACCAACUUCAUUGCUCUAAUAAUCAUAGAUUUGGCUGUUAGGUAUCGAAUAUUUCCAACAAACUGGAAAUGUUACAAAAAUAAUAAUCAUUGCUAUUUCUAUUCCCUUAUAUGAUUAUGGAGUCCUAUGAUAUCUAUUGUAUUGUGAAAUGUAUACUUGUCGCAAAGCACUACAAUUGCAUGGCGCUCGAAAGAGAACAUUUACUUGAUUAAAUUAAAUAGUGGGCGCUACCUCUACAUUGCUUGUAGUUUCCAAUAACAUCAUUGAUAUUGUCAGCAUGUUUUCUUCAUUUGUAAUAGUUGAAAAAGCUCGGGGAACUAAUGAUCCAUGCUGAAUUUGUGAGUUUUCUCACUUACAAGGAAAUGAACUGUCUCUAUUUAUUCAUUAUAGUAAUAGGUCCUAUAUCAGUAAAAGUAGAAAGGUGGCACAAUAUAAAUGUGAUAAAAUAUUCGGCAUUUUAAUGAGAAAAGUAAGCAUUUGAUCCUCAAACAAAACAUAAGUUAGUACUUGAUGUAGAAACCCUUGUGGGCAAGCAGCAAGUUGGUCACCAGGUUUGCACACAGCUCAGGAGGGAUUUCGGCCCACUCCUCUUUUCAGAAUCACAGUUGUCAGACUCCAGCACGGAGGUCAUUUAUCAUACAUUUGUGACUAAUAUGCCACACUUGUAUAUUGUAUACAGUAUAUUCUAGUCUUCAAACCUACAAAUCCAACAGAAGAUCAAAUAAUCAUGCCCCCCACCCACUGUAAAGGCAAACUAUGCAUGAUGUAAAUAUCUAUUUUUGUAUACUUGUGUAGGAGUGAUUGCAUGUCUUUGGCUCAUUGGGUGAUUAGCUGCCUCUUUUUUAUUACUCGUGUUUUACAGCACAAAUUAGGUAGGCCAUCUCUGUAUAACAGUAUAUUAUAAUGUGUGUAAUGUGUGAAUUGGGCCAGUCUGACUUGAUCCGGGAAGCUUGAAGGGUGUUUGUUGUUUAUAUUUUGGCUCAGUCUUUGUUAUACAGCACAACUUCAUUUAUUUGCCUUGUACCAGAACAAACGUAUACAGUACAUGCACUGACUAGAUUUUUGCACCACGAGGCCACUGUCGUAUUCUUUUUAUCUUUUAAUUUUUAUUCUGACAUUAUGCUGUUGCUUGAUGACGUGAUGUUGCCUUCUCUCGUUAUUACUUUGGACUUUUCAUCAAUCGUCUCUGUGCUUUUCUCAAAUAUGAUUUGUAUCACGAAGCACUGGAACUGACCGUAAAUGCUGAAACUUAAAUAAUGUCAGGCCCCAUGUGGAAAGAAAUCUGUUUUCAAUGAAUAAAGAAUGCUGGGAACUA